GCGGGCGCCUCGCCCGCCCAGGCCGGCGCCGCGCCCGCCGCCGUGAGCGCCCUUGCGGCCUCGACCACGAGUCCGCCGUACGACUGCUACAGCGGGGAGUACGCCUGGGACCGGGGCUGGUCGCCGGAGAGGCUGAAGUGGUGCUGCGAGACGCUCGGCGAGGGCUGCGACAUCAAGGAGCUGGCCGAGGAG